AUGAAGGGAAACAAAAGGCAUUUCCAACAAAGGUGUUCAUUCUUGAGAAAUCAAGAAAAGCUUGUGGCUAAAGUUCAUUUCCUAAGCAUUAGAUUCAUGUUUCCUUCAUGGACCUCAUUUUUUUAUCUGGACCCAGCCCAAGCUUUCGUGCCAUACCGAGCAUGGCCUACUAAUAUUCAUGCUCGUGCCGUGUUCUUAUCUAGCUACAUUAUGAUGGACAACAUUGUAUUUGACAAAGAGCUUGCAAGCUGGUGCCAUGGGAUGAAUGAGCUGGAGAAUGAGCUACCAUUGCCAUGA